AUGACAAAACAUGUUUAUCAGAAGAAGAAGAAGAAACUCUUAAAGUUGGUAAUUUGUGAUGAUUCCAGGGAAGAGGAUGUUGUACCUGAGUCUCUAAUCCAUGAUGCUGAAUCAUCACCUGUGCAGAAUUCUCUAGUUAAGUCAAAUGCUGAGACCACUGUAAAUAUUGAUGAUUUUGCGGAAACAUCUGUUGAGGACACAACCAUUCAUCGGGGUGAUUCAAUGAAGGUUUCUACUCCUGUGAAGACAAUUUUCACAUCACCCGAGGUUUCGAAUACCGAAUCAUUUCAUGAGGAGGUUCAAACCUCAGGCAUCACUGUAAACGUAUCUGAUAUGGGUGCAAAUGUCAAUAUGGGUGACAGAGUCUCUAAUAACAAAGAUUUUCAAGAUCAAAAAGAAGAACAUAAUAAUGAUGAUGAUGAGUUUGAUGGUACUUUUGCUGACAUCGAGUUAGAUCCCGAUGAGGAGAACAUUUCAGAUAACAUGUUGCUUACAGGGAAACAAUUUAAAAUCCUCAAUAGAAAGGUUAAUUCUCUUCUGAAACUUCAAGCUGAUGGAGGGGGUGAGAAUUAUGUGUCAAGUCUUGAAGUUGAUAUCUUGUUAAAGCGUCAGGAGAACAGACUUCUCGAUGCCAUUACAGAUGCAGAUCGACAAAAUGAAAAACGGAUGAAGGCACAAUCUAUGUCUUUUACUUCUAAUUUGAAAUAUUUAAAGGCGAUUGUGAAGGAAGGGCACAUUUUGUUUAUUCAAGAUGUGAAGAAAGUUCGAGAAGAUGUAAAUCUGAAAAUUCAGGAAUUGAGGGAAGAUAUUGGAAAAGAAGUUUCAGCUUUACAACAUGAUUAUUCUUCUCUUCAUCAGAAGUUUGAUAUCAUUGCAGAUGUUGUCACCAAAUUUGUCAAGUUAUAUGAGUCUUUGGUUCCGAAGGUUGCCAAAACGGCUGAUACAGAUGUUCAAAGCUUUGCGAAUAUUAAUUAG